AUGUCUUCUCCACUGAAACCCAUAAAGCUCUGGGGCGAACCUGCGACUGCAAAUCCGGCAAAAGUCGCCAUCAUUUUAGAGGAACUGCAGAUCCCAUACGAAGUCGUCCCGGUCCCUUUAUCCGAUGUCAAGAAACCCGAAUACGUCGCUAUCAACCCCAACGGGCGUCUACCGUCUAUCCACGACCCUAACACCGGCAUCACGCUAUGGGAGUCUGGUGCCAUUGUCGAGUAUCUCAUCGAAAUAUACGACAAGGAGCGCCGACUGAGCUUUACCUCCGGAACAACCGAGUUCUGGCUCGCUAGGCAGUGGCUCUACUUCCAGGUUUCCGGACAGGGCCCGUAUUACGGCCAGGCGGGUUGGUUCAAACUGUUCCAUCCGGAAAGGCUACCCAGUGCUCUUGAUCGCUACUUGAAAGAGAUUGAGAGGGUGGUAGGGGUGUUGGAAGGGCAUUUGGCUCGACAGAAGCAGGAGAGCGCUGGUGGCGAUGGGCCGUGGCUUGUUGGCAAUAAAUUGUCUUAUGCUGACAUUGCCUUUGCUCCCUGGCAAUACACGGUCGGCAAGGCCUUUACCAAGGACGAGUUCGACCAGAGCAAGUAUCCGCUGGUGGACGAGUGGUUUCACAAGAUCGCAGCUCGAGCUGCCGCUAGGAAAGUGUGGGACAAAGCUGAGAGUGCUGACUGA